AUGGGGGCAGAUGGGGAGGAGGGGGCUGUGGAGGAGGCCACAGGCUUCGAGGUGAGCAUCGUGGUGCCCAAGCUCUCCCGCGCCGCUGCGGCGGGGGCCGUCGACGACUGCGUGGCGCAGCUCGUGCGAGAGCUCGAGGGCACCGGGCUGCUCGUCGAGCGCGUCCGCAGUGUCCCCACUGAGUUCAUCAAGCUGGCUGCACCAAUGGGGACCCUGGGCAGAGCUGCUGCUGAGAUGCAGAUGAAGAAGCUAACCUACAUCGGAAUGGAGCUUCAGUUUGAAUGGGACCAGGUUGCAGCAUUCGUUUGGCAGCCAGAUGGUUCCCUGUUCAGCUGGAGAGAACGCUAUUGCUGCUUCCGCUACUUGAUAUAUGGCAUUGUGAACAAGACAAACUCUGAAAUAGCUCUUAAAUUUGAUGAUAAGGAGUUCCAUUGGAAGCAAAGUGAGUCCUUAUUAACAAGGCUGGAAGCUGAAGGAGUUGUAAAGCUAGUAUUCCCUUUGCAUGAUGAAGUUAAAAGGAAGCAACUCCUGAGAAAUUGGGCGCUUAAUUGGCUUGAAUUCACAUGGCAACCUAUUGAUGAGAUUUACUCCUACUUUGGAACAAAGAUUGCAACAUACUUUGCGUUCCUAGGAAUGUAUGCGCGAUGGCUUUUCUUCCCAGCUGUUUUUGGACUGGCAACUCAACUCAUAGAUUUUGGAUCAUUGCAGUGGUUGGUUCUUCCUGGUUUCUUUAUCUUUGUUAUUUCUUGGGCUGUCUUCUUUCUGCAAUUUUGGAAACGGAAGAAUUCAGCACUUCUUGCAAGAUGGGGUAUUAAUCGUUCACUACCUGAAUACAAAAAUCUGGGCAACGAACUCAGCUUCUUGAGUGAUUCUCUUACUGUUGUGGAAAAGGAGUUUGGUGAUGUGUCUGCGGAGAAAAGAAAGUUACAAAGGAAUGAAUGGUUCGGUGUCCUCCUUAGAAUAAGGAACAAUGCUAUCAUUGUGCUGGCUAUCAUUUUUCUUCAGCUGCCAUUUGAGUUGGCCUAUGCUCAUCUAUAUGAAAUUACAGAAACUGAGGUUAUGAGGUAUUUGUUGACUGCAGUAUAUCUUGUUGCAAUUCAAUAUUACACCAGAAUUGGUGGCAAGGUGUCUGUCAAUUUGAUAAAGUAUGAAAACAACCAAGGAGAAGAGUCUAGUUCCGCUAGUUUAGUUUAUAAGGUCUUUGGCCUUUACUUUAUGCGGUCAUAUAUUGGGUUAUUUUACCAUGCUUCUUUGUAUCGUGAUAUAAUGGCCCUCCGGCAAGUCCUCAUCCAGCGCCUCAUUGUGUCCCAGGUAUUACAAAAUCUGAUUGAGAAUUCCAUUCCUUACCUCAAGUACAGUUAUAAAAAGUACAUAGCUGUUCACAAGAAAAAGCAUGAGAAAGAAUCACCAGUGGGUAGGUCAGUCCGGUUAUCAACAAGAGUGGAGAAAGAGUAUUUAAAACCCUCUUACACUGCAAGCAUUGGAGCAGAACUUGAAGAUGGUUUAUUUGAUGGAAAAGCAAAUGAUGGUGUUCGUGCUUAUAUUAUUGAAUCCAUUACAAACUUUCUGGAGCUGACUCUUCAGUUUGGAAUGAUCAUGAUGUUUGCCUGUGCAUUUCCAUUGAUUUUCUGCUUUGCAGCUCUGAACAAUGUUACUGAAAUCAGAGCAGAUGCAUUGAAGUUGUUAGUCAUGUUGAAAAGACCUGUUCCCCGUGCUGCAGCUACAAUUGGAGCAUGGCUGAACAUAUUCCAGUUCUUGGUUGUGAUGGCAAUAUGCACCAACUGCUUGCUUCUCGUUUGUCUGUAUGACGAGGAGGGGAAAUGGAGGAUUGAGCCAGGACUAGCAGCAAUCCUCAUAAUGGAGCAUGCUCUCCUCUUAAUCAAGUUUGGUUUCUCCCACUUCGUGCCUGAGGAGCCUGCGUGGGUGAAAGCAAAUCGUGUACGAUAUGUAGCUCAGGCACAAAACGUCUGCUCCAAACAACUUUUGAGGAGCAUUUCAAAAUUUGACAGAAAACUGGAUUGA